AUGAGCGUGAGCAAAGCUCUCACGGGGUUCGCCCCUCGCACGUCAUUUCCCACGCCCAAUUCAAUACCCAAGACAUACUUCCUCGGUCAUCACCAUGCCGGCGCUGAGAAGAUCAAGACCAUCCUCCCCCAGAUCUCCGUCGUCCUCGAAUGUCGCGACUUCCGUCUCCCGUUGUCGACGCACAAUCCGCAUCUCGAGCAGAUGCUUGCCGGUCGAGAACGAUUAGUGGUAUAUACCAAGACACUCCUCGGGAAGAGCUCCAAGAAUGCGCAGCAAGCGCUGAGACGUGUCUACGGCGACCGGGUCGUCUUCUGGGACAAGGCUGACAACAAGACCACGACUAAACUUAUAGAUCGCCUGAAAGAGCUGGCGAUGCAGCAAGGCAGCCUGACAGGUCUCCGCGCUUUGGCAGUGGGCAUGCCCAAUGUGGGCAAGAGCACGCUCCUCAAUGCGCUGCGCAGCAACGGCCUCUCCGGGAAGGUGGCCAAGGCAGCGCAGACGGGCGACCAGGCUGGCGUUACCCGCAGGGUCGGGACGGCCGUGCGCAUCAUCGACUCGGAGGAAAAGGGCGGUGUCGCAUCAGGCGUGUACAUCAUGGACACACCGGGCAUCUUCCAGCCCUACGUCGAGGACGGAGAGACCAUGAUGAAGGUCGCGCUGGCGCACGGCAUCAAAAAGGGUCUCAUUGACGACGAGAUUCUGUGCGACUACCUACUGUACAAGCUCAACCUACUCGACCCGAAAUCGUACAAGAGCUACUGCGCGCCUACCAACGACGUCUACGAGUUUCUCGAGGCCGUGGCGCGCAAGGAGGGCAAGCUCAAGAAGGGAGGCGUGCCCAACAUGCCCGAGGCCGCCGCACGCGUACUGUCGCUCUGGCGAGAUGGCAAGCUGGGCAAAUACGUGCUGGAUGACCUGUCGGAGGAGACGCUGCAGGCCCACGCGCUCGCGCAGUCCGAGCCGCGCCUGAGUCUCAACCAAGCCAAGAAGGCCAUGAAGGAAGAGAGGAAAAAGGCGAAGGACGGGCCAGUGUAA